AGUCUCAAAGAUGUUUUCUCUCAAAAACAUCCCCUCAACAUCAUCAAUCCUCUCAACAUAUACCACAUUCACAGCAUCAGCCAUGCUGAUUCGAAGCAUGGCUACCGAGGUUCAAGCCAUAAUCAAUCAGCUCAUUCCAGAACAACUCCGGAACUUGUUACUGUCAAAACUUGGAGGCCUUUAUUCAAACCCUUCUUCCCAAAUGACUCUCCUCAUCAAUGACUACGAUGGCUACAGCAUCAAUGAACUGUACGAAGCUUCCCACACCUACUUACAGACAAAAAUCACGCCAUCGAUGAAGAGGCUUAAGGUUUCCAAGGCUCCAAGAGACAAAAAGGUAAUUGUAAACAUACACAAAGGUCAAAAGGUUGUUGACAUGUAUGAAGGAAUCCAAGUCAAGUGGGAAAUGACAUGUGUUGAUACAAAAGAUGAUGAGCAAGGGAAGGUUGAAAUUAGAGUGCUUGAGCUCAGUUUUCACAAUAAAUUCAUGGAAACUGUGAUAAAUUCUUACUUGCCAUAUGUAACGGAGAGGUCCAAAGCCAUCAAAGAAGAAAAUAAAGCGGUGAAACUCUUUUCACUUGGAAACUUUUGUGGAGACUACGAUGGAGCAUGGGGAUCAACCAAUCUUGACCAUCCAGCAACAUUUGAUAAACUGGCAAUGGAUCCCGCUGUCAAAAAAGAGUUAGUCGACGACUUGGACAGAUUUGUUCGAAGAAGAGACUACUACAAAAGAGUAGGAAAAGCAUGGAAACGUGGCUACUUACUGUAUGGUCCUCCAGGAACAGGCAAGUCGAGCUUGAUUGCUGCCAUCGCUAACUACCUAAAAUUCGACAUCUAUGACCUCGAACUCACGAGCGUUUCCAGCAACUCACAGCUUCGAGGGUUGUUGGUUUCAACCAGAAAUCGAUCAAUGCUUGUGAUUGAGGAUAUUGAUUGCAGCAUUGAACUCCAGAAUAGACAAGCUGGUCCUGGGGGAUAUGGGCAAGGUACUAACGACGAGUUAACUUUAUCAGGGUUGCUUAAUUUCAUCGACGGGCUAUGGUCAAGCUGUGGUGAUGAGAGGAUAAUAGUGUUUACAACCAAUCACAAAGAGAAGAUAGACCCUGCUUUGCUAAGGCCAGGCCGCAUGGACAUGCAUAUCCACAUGUCUUACUGCACCCCUAGUGCAUUCAGGGUUCUUGCUUCCAAUUAUCUAUGCAUCACCAAUCAUGAUCUGUUCAAUGAAAUUGAUCAACUGAUGUUGGAAGUAGAGGUAACUCCCGCACAAGUUGCAGAGGAGCUUAUGAAGAGUGAAGACACAGAUAUUGCCCUUCAAGGACUCAUCAACUUCCUCCGGGACAGGAAAUUGAAAUCUGAGAAUUGUAAUUCAGGCGGUAGAGAAGCAGAUUUGGAAGAGCAAAAUGAAAGCAAGGCCAGAGAAAGAGUUUGUGCAAUUGAUAAAAUUGGUAAGAUAAACAAGAAGCCAAUAAGAAAGAGAAAAUAUGGGAACAAGAGAAAAAAUUGACAAGCAGAUCCUUGUAUUUGUAUUUUUUCUAUAUUUAUAUCAAUAAUAAAAUUUACAAACAGUCUUACAAUCA